AUGGAUCCUAGUCUGGAGGAGUUCAAGAGACGCUCCGGUCCAAUCAAGGUGCCCCAAUUCCAAGGAACAAACCCUCAACCCCUUGGCAAUCUGCAGCAAGCUCCUACUCCUACUCGACUCUAUCUUCCUCUGAGCGUGGCCUUCUACACUUGUUUUGCGUCGCAUCUUCUGGCUGCUCUUUAUGCCCCAAUCCAGGAUUGUGACGAGACCUUCAACUACUGGGAGCCCUUGCAUUACCUCACCCAUGGCUACGGCCUUCAAACAUGGGAAUAUUCUCCAGAAUACGGCAUUCGAAGCUGGGCGUACAUCGCCCUACACGCCUUGCCGGCCAAGAUCGUGAGUCUGCUUGGACAGUCGAAGACCUUUGAGUUCUAUGCUCUGCGCAUCGGUUUCGCCAUUGUUUGUGCAGCGACCGAGGUCCGCCUGUACUCGGCCAUAUCUCGAACACUCAACCCCAGGGUCGGGGUGAUCUACCUGAUGAUCGUCGCCGUCACUCCAGGUUUCUUCUAUGCCUCUUCUGCAUUCUUGCCAUCAAGCUUUGCCAUGUAUACAUCCACUCUCGGACUGGCCUGUUUCAUGGAUUGGUAUGGCGGGCCCAGGACUGCUCCUGGCAUCAUGUGGUUCGGAGUCGGUGCUCUGCUCGGUUGGCCUUUUGCUGGAGCCCUGGUCGUCCCAUUCGUCCUGGAGGACUGGUUGAUCGCUCUGGUAGGCCAAGUCGAUCUUUUCGCAACCUUCAGAAGGUACCUUGACGGCUUCGUCCGUUGCUUGAUCGUUCUGGCUUUACAGAUCAGCAUCGACACCUUUUUCUACCACAAGAUUGUUGUAGUCCCGUGGCGUAUUGUCGCGUACAACGUGUUCGGUGGCCAAGGCCGUGGCCCGGACAUCUUUGGAACGGAGCCAUGGGACUAUUACGUGCGCAAUUUGCUGCUCAAUUUCAACAUAUGGUUCAUUCUGGCCUUGGUCUCGGGGCCCUUGUUCCUUUUCCAAUGGAUCGUCUUAAAACAACAUACCACCAAGCAAACGCUCCUGAGGACACUGACCUUUCUCAGCCCCUUCUAUCUCUGGCUGGCCAUCUUCACCCUUGAACCGCACAAAGAAGAGAGAUUCAUGUUUCCAGCCUACCCGUUCCUGGCUUUGAAUGCCGCCAUAGCAUUCCAUUCGCUCUUGGCCUGGAUCGGAUCGUCGGAAUCCAUCAUCUUUGGUAGAAUCCCGGCCAAGCUCAAGUUGCUGGCUAUCCUGUCUACGGUUCUUGUCGCGGUCAAUAUCGGCCUGCUGCGAACCUUGGGAACAGUCACUGCAUACCGAGCACCCCUGCAGAUUUAUCGUGUGCUCGAAAGCGCCAAUAUGACUCGAGGUGGAGAUACAGUGUGUUUUGGCAAAGACUGGUAUCGCUUCCCAUCAUCUCACUUCCUCCCUCACAACACACAUGCAAAAUUCAUCAAGAGCGAAUUCGAUGGUCUGCUGCCUGGCAACUUCCAUGAGGGUGAGACCGGGUUUGGAUUCUUCCCAGGCACUUGGCUGGUGCCAGCUGGGAUGAACGACCAAAAUAGAGAAGAUCCCGGAAAACACGUUGACGUGGAGCACUGUACAUUCCUGGUUGACUCCUACAUGCCAGGGAUAGAAGCAACAGAGCAUGAGCCACUGUAUGUUGUAGACGACGGCUGGGAAAAGAUUGCGUGCGCCCCGUUUCUGGACACGUCCAGGACCGGGAUGGUGGCGCGGACGGUCUGGAUCCCCGACCUCGCAGUCAUUCCACCCAGAUACCGGCGGCGGUGGGGAGAACACUGUCUGUUGCACCGUCGCACCACUUGA